AAAGGGCCGGGGGAGAGUGAGGGUAGGGGAGCAGAGCCGAGGCGCAUGCGUGGCCCCGGAGGCCCCUAGAGAAAGGGAAGCCGCGGGAGAGGCCGAGCUCUGGGGUAGUUCGUGCCAGACUCCGGGGGCAGAAGGUAGAGCCAUCCUUAGGGCUCUUAGUAGUCCGAUUCAGGAUAGGUGUUGGUAUGAACAGAAUUCGGAUCCACGUCCUGCCAUCGAAUCGGGGGCGCGUAAACCCAGUGCCCAGGUCUCAGGAGCCCCUGUCUUGUUCCUUCACACACCGUCCAUGCUCCCAGCCCCGUCUCGAAGGCCAAGAGUUUUGCAUUAAGCAUAUCCUUGAAGACAGGAAUGCGCCUUUUAAGCAAUGUAGCUACAUAUCCACCAAGAAUGGAAAAAGGUGUCCUAACGCUGCUCCUAAGCCUGAGAAGAAAGACGGUGUGUCCUUCUGUGCAGAACAUGCCCGUAGAAAUGCCCUGGCACUUCAUGCUCAGAUGAAGAAAAACAACGCUGGACCCAUGGGUGAAACACUUUUGUGCCAACUGAGUUCAUAUGCUAAGACAGAACUGGGUUCCCAGACCCCAGAGAGUAGCCGCAGUGAAGCCAGCCGAAUCCUGGAUGAAGAUAGCUGGAGUGAUGGGGAUCAGGAGCCCAUUACUGUGGAUCAGACAUGGAGAGGUGAUCCUGACAGUGAAGCUGAUAGCAUAGACAGUGAUCAAGAAGACCCCUUAAAACAUGCUGGUGUCUACACGGCUGAAGAGGUAGCUCUGAUCAUGCGUGAGAAGCUGAUUCGUUUACAGUCUUUAUACAUUGACCAAUUCAAACGACUUCAGCAUCUUUUGAAAGAGAAGAAACGCCAUUAUUUACAUAAUCGCAAGGCAGAACAUGAAGCUUUAGGUAGUAGCCUUUUGACAGGUCCAGAGGGACUUUUAGCGAAAGAGCGAGAAAGCUUAAAGCAGCUGAAAUGCCUUCGGCGCUACCGCCAACGUUAUGGUGUGGAGGCCCUGCUACAUCGACAGUUAAAAGAGCGCAGAAUGCUGGCCACAGAUGGGGCUGCCCAACAGGCACACACUACUCGUUCCAGUCAGAGGUGUUUGGCUUUUGUUGACGAUAUUCGUUGUUCGAACCAGUCUCUCCCGAUGACCAGGCAUUGUCUGAAUCAUAUCUGUCAGGAUACCAAUCAGGUUCUCUUCAAGUGGUGUCAGGGCUCUGAGGAGGUACCCUGCAACAAACCAGUUCCUGUUAGCCUCUCGGAGGAUCCCUGUUGCCCACUCCAUUUCCAGCUGCCACCUCAGAUGUAUAAGCCUGAGCAGAUACUCUCUGUGCCAGAUGAACUGGAAGCUGUUCCCAUGGAUAUGUAUUUGAGUGCUGCUGAACUUCAGCCCACAGAGAGUUUACCUCUGGAGUUCAGUGAUGACUUGGAUGUAGUGGGUGAUGGAAUGCAGUGCCCUCCUUCUCCCUUGCUCUUUGACCCUUCACUAACUCUGGAGGAUCAUUCAAUCAAAGACAUUGCAGAAGCUCCUGUGGAUAUUCUGAACCAAGUACAGAUUGCCGUAGGUGUGCCCAGGUCACAGGGAUCCCAAAAACCUGAAGAAACCACAGUUUCUGCACCAUUUCCUGGAAGUGGAGUGGUUGCCACCAAUGGGAAGCCAGAACAUAUUUCUAUCAGCUGAUAAUCGCUACUGAGAACAAGUUGACUUUGGGAGAAGUCGAAUUCUUCAUUUCCCUAAGAAAAAUGUGACUGUUCUUCAUCAAAAGAGAGGAUCCAGGCUGACUUAUUUUUUUUCCCUUCUGGGCAGCUAAGCUGUAUAGUCAAUCAUAAAGCCAAAUUGUUCUGAGAAUAGAGCAAUAACUGUCUCAGCUGUGAGUUAAUCUUUAAAUUGAGCAAGAUGUAUGUAAUGCUGCCUAUUGGGGAUCAGUGAAUGAGUUUGUGUCCAAGGGGAAGAAAAUACCUUAAUGAUGGAAUUCCAAAACCUUGACCAGGAAACCAGUUGGGUAGCCAGUAUGACUUCUGAAUCUGGAAACUGGUUAUCCAGUACACCCUGUAUUCUCCCAGCUCCUCUUGACCCUUCACCAAAGUGGAAGUGCUAAACUGGGCAUGUCCUACUCCCUCUACCCCAAAAGGAAUUCAGGCGUGGACAGUCUGCAGGCUUGAACCCUUCUUAACCUUCCAGCUUCCUGCUUCUAACCUGUCUAGAGUUCUGUAGUGGUCAACCUCUUAUGUAAGAUAAAAUAUAAAAUUUCUGUACAGAAUUUCUAUCACAUGAUCUAAAAAAGGAAAGAGAAAAUGUAUCAAAAAUGAAAAACAGUCUUAUCACUUGGAAUGAGAGUUGUGGGUUUUGUUGAAUAAUUCUGUCUUUUAAAGGGCCACCUCUAUGAUGGAAAAAGGGGUAUUGGCAUAUGGCCUUUGUGAGAAUCUUUUACUUUACAGAGAAGAACUCUAAAUAGCCAUCUUUUAAACCUGUUUUCACACACACACACACACACACACACACACACACACACACACACACACACACACACACACAGAAUGUGAGUGAAAAUGAAAUGUGUCUGCAUGUAAAUAAAAUACUGAAACUACUUUGGGUUGGGUGAAGCCUAUGGGGACAUUGGCUUGGGGGAUCCAUUGAGAAUGUCACAGUGUUAGAAAAAGUUACCAAAGCAAAAAGCAUAUGGUGCCAGGGAAAGAGACAACAUCAUCAUUUUCUCUUCCCCCUUUCUGGUGUCUACCUGCUGGGGUCCUCCUUGCUUAAUUCUAAGUCUUAGCCCACAGAUAUUAAUGACAUUUGCAAAAAGACAUUGAAAAGAUGUAGUUCCAGAGUAAAUGAGAUCCCUCCCCCGUUCCCCUAAUAGAUGUAGUGCAUAAGUGAUAUUAGUUAUGGAGUUUCUAAAUAAAUCUAUUCUAGCCUUGAAUUUAAUUCUGAAUUUAUUUUAACCUCAUUUCUGAUUAUUGCUACCAACGUUCAUAAUCCAAGUAGUCUAAAACUUUUGUUCUCCUCUUAGGCCUUCAAAGUUCUUUUCUAGCCAGCCCCUUUUACAGUUUAGUCGUUCCCUCAAUUUUAAGUUUUUUAAGUAGGCUAAGACUUCCUUGGCACUUAAAUCUCCUCUGUCUCUGUCAUUUUUUCUGUCCAUAUGAAAUGCUCUGGGUGGCCCCACAGAAAUUCUUGAGUUGACAUUUAUCUUCUGAGAAAUAUAUUCCUUUCCAACAUAAAUAACUUUGCCUUUGGCAUCUUCUAUUUUUAAACCUAUCUCACUUUCUAAUCUUGAAAUCCUCAUUGGAUCUACCAUUCUUUCCAAAAUCUACACCUUACUCCUUUCUGGAGGAACUGUUCUCAUCUUUUUUUUUUUUUUUUCAUUUAAUUCCUAUCCAUUUGCUGUUUCAAAGUCAUCAGGCACAGUGCUUGGCAUAUAGUAAAUGUUUAAUAAAUACUUGUUGACUUGACAAAUCUGACUUUGAUCCCAGUUAUUCCACUGAACUGUGCUGAAGUGCAGUGCCCCCACCCAGUCUG